AUGUUUGACAAUAUGUUUACCUAUUUUGGUGGGCUUGCAUCUAAAGCAAAGUCAAAAAUUAUCGAAAAAACAUUAUAGCCUAUCAUAGACUAUAACUUUGAAAACAUUUUUGAGUAGAAAAUUGCAAUUAAAGAUUUAAAUAAAGGAAUUACAGAUGUUAAAUUAAACACAAAAUAUAUAAAUGGAAUGCUUAAAACUAACUCUCUAAAAGAAUUUCAUAUUAAAUUUAUAAAACUUGAAAAACUGCAAUUAUAAAUGAGUGAUGUAGAAAUAACAUUAGAUUUGAAUACUUAUAUUCAAUAAGAAGAAGUCUUGGAAUCACUAGAAGUUGAAAAUUUAGUUAACCAAAGUGUUCACAUGUAGAUGGAGCAAUUAAAGAAGGAAUUUUUAUGCGAAGGUAGUGACUCAUAUUUUUAAAAUGAAGUCAAAUCUCAAACUUAAUAGAGUGGAACAAAUAAAACCUCAUCGAAAACGGUCAUGUUCUUAAGAAUAAUAGAUAGCAUUUUUGGGAAUAUAAAAAUUGAUAUUAAGAAUUUAAGGAUUAAAUUUGUUGGCAAAUUAAAUUCUAAUAAGAUAAGUAGUUUUACACUCAGCAUAAACAAAAUCAAUUGCACAAUGCAGAAACCCUAAAAUAGCAACUAAAUCCUUUUUUUAUGCUUCGUUGAUUAACUUAAACUCUAUCUUGAUAACAAAAAAUAAAUUGGUUAAAUGGAUAAUGCUUUUAAAUUAGAUGUUUAUCUAAAAUAAGACGCAGAACCAAAAAUAACUAUUUAAGCUUCUUAAUUUUAAGUAGUAGCAUCACUAAAUUAAUUGGAUUAAAUAAUGCAGCUAUUUGCUUAGAGUGCAUAAGUUUUAGAGCAGAGAGAAAAUACAAUAAAAGAAGCAAUACGACAGAGCCAUAUUACUUAAUAAAUUAUUAAUUCAAAUAAAUAGUCUUCUGAAGAGCGUUCUAAAAUCAUGAAUUUAAAUAAAUACAAAUUAGAAGAGUAUUUUAAAAAAUCUUAUCAUGAGAAGAACUUCGAAAACGAAGAAUAUCUAGAGAGUACUUUUAUUAUUCAAAAUGUGCCUGAUUCUAAAAUUGCAGAUUUAUAUACUUCAAUUAAGCAAAUGAGUGAAUAAAAGGAAUUUUUAGUUGCUAGCUUUUAAGGUUUGAGUCUAUAUUUAACAUCUAAUGAAACCGAACAAGAAUUUAAUUAUUAAUAAAAAAAAUUUAAAGUUGACUUAGAUAACUACUUCUUAGUUUCAUUAUGUGAUAUAAAAAUAGUAAAGCAUGAUAAGUUAAAUAUUUUUGUUAAUUCUGUACUAAUUUAUGAGUUAUUGAAAAUAGAACCUUAAUUUAUUAGUACAAGAGAGUUCGUUCACAAAUAAGAAUUUGAAUUUGUUAUGAUAGGUCCUUAAAAGUUUUUAUGCAAAAUAAUCCUUAGAACUGGAAGAGAUUAAUUUUUUAGUUAAGACUUAAAUAAAGAUGGUUAUCAAAUUGAAAUUUAAGAACCAACAAUAUUUGCUUCUUAAGCAUUUUUUGUAACUCCAAUAAAACUUUAAAUUAGAGAUAAUAAUAUUGACAUGGAUAUAACGCAGUUUAACUUAAUUGUAGACAAAAAUUAGCUAUAGUUUAUUAUGAAGAUUGUUAAUAUUUAUACACAGAAUUCAGUAAAACCAAAUAAUCAAGUUAAAUCAGAAACCCAAUUCAAAAUAUCGAAAUUUAAAUUUUCCGUAUUUUACCAUGUUGGCAAUACUUCCUCUACUAAUAACUAAAAUAAUUCAUCAAUCGAUGAAGAUUAUAUCUAAUUUGAUUUUGUAGAUUUCUUCCUAGCAACUCCAGAUGCAAAUGAAUAAAACUCCUCAUUAUGUUUAUAUAGAAGCUAAUUCAAAUUUGGAUGUCAAAGUAUUUGGGGCUUAGAUAAAUAGAUAGCAAUAUAUAAUUUAAAGGGCAAUUUAGGAUCAUAACUAAGACCUUCGACUUAAAAUAUAAAGAAAUUUAAUGAAGAGAAUAAAUCCUAAAUAACUCAAUAUGUGAAAGACUGUAAAUCAAAGCAAGAGUAGCAUUUAGAAUUAUAAAUAGAUAGUGUUAUCUUAAAUCAUAAUUCAUUUGAUUAGUUUUACAAGAUGAUUUCUUAGCUAAAUUCAGUAUUUAACGAUAACUCAAAAUAAACCUAGAAUAAUUAGAAAAAGCAAUAGAAUUUUUAUUUCAGCGCUAAAAUCUAAAUAAUUGAAGUAACUUUAUACUAAACCAUAUUCCUUAGCUUCAAUUAAUUCAAAUAUUACUUUACAAUAGAUUACUAAUUUAUAUUAAUAGAGGAUUUAAAUGGAUUUUAUAAGAAUAAUUCUCAAUUAUUAUUGAUGAACUAAGUUCAGGAUAAAUGGAUAUUCAGUUUAAUUAUGAAAUAAAACAACAUAAAUCUUGAGUUUUCAGCUCUCAAAUUAAAUUUAACAAAUUUUAAUUUUAAUAAAUUGAUCUCAUGUAUCACAUAAUUAGUAAAAUCAGUUUAAUAUGUAAAUCCUCCUUAAUAAUAAAGUAAAUCAUAAAAUGAGAAAUCUCAGGUAAAUAUUGUAUUUAAAUCAAUAAUGAUUGAUAUUUUGCCAUUCUACAAUGAGGAAAUUAUCCUCUAGAAAAAAGGGUAAGCAAAAUUGAAUUACUCCAAAGAUUAACAUUAAUCUUGGACAAGAACUAUUUUAGUAUUCAAUAAUACAAUCGUCAAGUAAGAUUUAAUACAAAUUGAUGAAGUUUAAUAUUAUUUUUAAAACUGCAAUGUGGCUAAUCGAAAUGAUUAACUCAUAAAUUUAGAAGAAUUUUAGAAUAUAGGAUAAAUUUAAAAAAUUGAAUUACUUAAGAAUAAAUUAUUGAAAAUCAAUUCUAUUUAAUUUUUCCGUAUUUCUAAAUAGUUAAUUGUUGAUCUAAUUGAUCAUUAUGAACAUAUUAGUAAGGACUUUUAGAAAAGUAAUAAUAAUGUUAAUGAGAUGAAGAAUUAUCAAAAAUUAGAUAAAAUAGAAAUGAAAUAAAAAAGCUUUGAGAUUCGCUGUGAUUAAAUAUCUUUAACUGAUGAAUCAUAGACAUUUGAAGUGGUGAUUUAUUAUACAUAACUUGAUUUAGGAGAGAAAUGCUUUUAGCUUAAACUAGCCAGAGCAUAAAUAUUAGAUAUACUUUAAUAGAGUAAGUUUAAAUAUAUACUUGAUGAAGAUGACUAAAAUGAAUUAGACUUUUUCUAAAGUGAAUAAAUAAAGGAAAGGUUAUUUUUAGAUUUGAUUAUUCAAUUUGAUUAAAAUAGCUUGGCAUUAUGGUUAUAAUUAAAACCUAUAAGAAUUUGUCUAUCUGGAUACUAAUUCCAAGAAUUACUUAAAUCUUUUUCAACAAAAAAUAAAGAAGUAAUUACUUAAGUAAAAAACGAUGACGAUGAUGAAUGUUUUGAAAUCAUUCAUUAAAAGAAACCUUUCAAUUUAUAAGUUGAACUGUUUCCAAUUUAAUUUAUAGUUUCAUUUGAUUCAGAAGGAUUGGAUGUUGAUGGAUUAAAAAACUAAGUCUUGAAAUUUGGAUCAUUCAAUAAUUUAAUUUUAGCAACUAAUAAGGUUUUAUACUUCCAUUAGUUCAAUCAAACUUCUAGAUAAGAUUUUCUUUAAUUUCUUAAAAGCUAAUAAUUAUCAACUUUUGGAAUUUUGCUUUAGGCAUAUAGUUCACUUGAAAUAACAAAAGCUGCUAGUUCAUUUACUGAUGCUAUAAUGAAUAUGAUUAGUAAGCCGUUCAUUUCAAAUAAUGGUUUUGUAAAAUAUAAUAGUUAUUUUUAGUUGUAUGGAUUAAUGGAGGGUAGUUAUGAUUUUACUUGUGGGAUAACUUCAUCAUUACUAUAAUUAACAGCCUUACCAGCCAGUGCUUUAAAUAAUAUGGCCAAUUAUAUUGGACUUGGCGUUAUAACAGUUCCCUUCUCUUAACUCGAAGAAUUUUGCAAAAAAUUAUUUUAUAAGAUUAACCCAGAAAAAGGAAUUCCAUUAAGAUUUUUCAAAGAUUAACAAUGA